AUGCCACUGACCGUACGUUUGGCUAUACAGAAUGAACAUUCUGAUCCAGUAUCAUCCUCACAAUUGACAAAUUUAUUACUCUAUCAUCGGUCAUUAUCUCGUCCUGCCAUUUAUUCGGUUGAUGAUCUUCGUAUAUGGUGCCAAGAACAUUCAACAAUACCAGAUUCAAAUGCAUUACAUGAUGUUUUUGUUUCAAGAUUUUAUGUUAAUUCAUGCGAACAAACGAUUCAUCCGUAUAGUAUAACAUUGAUAUCAACAGACGAAGCUGCUAGUUCUUAUACUGAUGUAUUGCAAACACUUAAACAAACAGUAUUUGAUGUUACAGGUAUAACACAUCAAGUAAAAUAUCGUAUGGGUGAUGGUGGCAACGUAUUAAGUAAAUGUCGAGAGCACAGAAAGAUGGUACCGGUUGAUAAAUGGGAAGAUAUUGAACGUGAUUUAUUAACGAUUCAAUUAUCAUUUGAUGAUGGUGUAUUUCAAAGAGGCGUUCAGUUGUUAUUAAAAAGAUGGAGAGAAAUACCUGAUCUUGUUAUAUUUGCUAAUUAUUUUGAAGAACAAUGGGUUGUUGAUUUAAAAAUAGUAUGA